AUGUUCCAAGUGCCAAUGCCGUUGGAUCGGGACGGGACGCUCCGGCUCCCCUUCACCACCCUGGCCGUCGGGACGGUGUGCUGCCCGCUCGUCGGGUUCCUCUUCUGCGUGGUCUGGUCUCUGUUCUUCCAUUUCGACGAAGCCACCGCCACACACUGCGGCGUCUCCAACUACCUCCCUUCAAUCAGCGCCGCCAUUGGUGGGGCGACCCCCGAGCGCUACAUGUGGCGCUUCUGCAUCGGGGCGCACUCGGCCCCCCGCUUCCUGGUGGCCGUCGUCUACUGGAACCACUACCGCGGCUGCCACUGCCCGCGCCCCAGCUACCCGCGGCUGUGCAAGGCGGCCUUCACUCUGAACCUGCUGGAGAACGUCGCCCUCUUGCUCCUCACCUACGUCUCCUCCUCGGAAAACUACCUGAUUCACGAGAACGCCUUCAUCCUCUUUAUCGCCGCGGCCCUCGGUCACAUGUUCCUGACCUGCGUUUUGUGGCGGAUGACUAAGAAACACACAGUAAGUCCAGAGGAGCGGAAGUCCUACAAGUGGAAGCUGUGGCUCUUCCUCUUCAACCUCCUCGCCUUCUCGGUGGCCGUGGCCUUCUACUUCCGACACAACUGGUACUGCGAGCCCGGAGUGUACACGGUGUUUGCCUUCCUGGAGUACUUGGUGGUCCUUUCCAACAUGGCAUUCCACAUGACGGCCUGGUGGGACUUUGGCAACAAGGAGCUGGUGGUCAGUUCCCAGCCGGAGGACAAGCGCUUCUAGCGGAGGCCUCGCUUUGGUUGUCAGCCAGCAGACGUGGAUGCCGCGGAAGGCCACAGCCGGCUACCCACCCACAGGCGUGCCGGCCUCCCGGUCUUUGGACGGAAGGGGCCCUUUGAGCCUGUUUUACCUGCUGCUAAUUCUGAUCUGGGCUGGAUGAGCUCACAGGGGAGGGGGCGUUGCCGGUCCCCCACACGCUCCCGCUGUGGAACAAGAGACUCCUUGCCGGGCAGCUGGGGCCGGGGACGUUUGCAGCCGUGCAGACGGCUUGCCAGUCGUGGUGAGUGGUUGCAGUUCCUAAACCCCGGAGUGGGAGGUUCUCUCCCUGGCCGUGGGCCGUUGCAGACUGACCUUCUUCCUGGGCCGUUCUUCCGUCUCUCACACUGGCCGGCUGCGUUGUUGCUCGCCUGUGGCAAAAGCGCCAGAGUAAAGGGGACCGUGGUCAAGAUUUGGGGGGGCCGUCCUGCACAGCCCCACGAUGCCCCCUCCCCACCCACCCACCCCG